UUUGAUAUUUCAUACAACCCAGUACCCCAUUAAAUGCGAGUCAAAAUUAUUAAAAAACUUAAUGCAAAACUCCAAAAAUCAAGACAUGGAGUUCUUUAACGACUGCGUUGCAGUUGGUGUAGAUUUGAUAUUACUAGGAUUUUGUGUACGCGAGUAUGUAAACUGCAAACGAACAUUGCAGCUGCUAAGGCAGACAGCUCCCCAAUACAACAUCGAUGGGCAGCUAAAAUCGUUGGUGGAGAAGCAACCUGGAGGAAAGGUACCUUAUGCGGUAAUUCGGGGAAUGGUUACCCCCAUUGGAGAUCCAAGACCAACCCAAUAUUCCAAGGUUCCAAGUGCAAAUGGAUUUCAUCAAAUAGUUAAGCUGCAUGAGCACAGGAUUAUCCGGGGAAUCACUGGAUUAUGGAGGAAAAAUCACAUCUUGCUCCAUGAAUCCGCAAAGAAUAUGCCUUUUGAACUACGAAAUCAGCAAAAUGGAGUGCAAAUUGUGGAUGCUUUGGGAACAUCUUUUUGGGAUGUGGACAUGGUCUAUGAUAAUUUUGAACGUUCUUCUCUAUCGAUCUUUGAUCGCAUUUGUGGCUUCUUUUCCGGUGUUCCCCAAAGAGGUUUUCAAACCACCGAAGAGCUUUUGAGGGACGGAGGAUUUCUCACCGCCAUUGGAGAAUUGAAAUUGGAUGGUAACACUUUGAGGAUGCAACCUUCCCAGAAAGGACCUCUCCUCUUAACAACAGCCAGCAAAUUCACGAUUGUAAAGCGAUUAGAAAAAGCCAAUGGAGAAAAUAUUUUAAAGCUUUUUGUGUGCGGCACCAUUUCUGUCCUUCUAAUUGCUUUUAUUGCUAGCAAGAUUUACAAGAGGAAUAAAAAGAAGAUAGAGGAGUCCAAAAUACACAAUAGCCUGGAGAGGGAACGAAAUUUGGUUCGUCCUGUCAGUCUGAAGCAGGAUCAGCUUUGCGUAGUGUGCGGCACAAAUGCCAAAGAAAUCAUUCUACUGCCUUGUGGUCAUGUCUGCCUUUGCGAGAAUUGCUCCCAGAUGAUCUCCAUCACAUGUCCUGUUUGUCGUUGUAAUAUUGAAUCUAAGGCAGCCGCGUUCAUUGCCUAGAAAUCAGAGCAUCAAAUUAAUCAUGUUGUUUCUUUUCUCAUAUAAUGAUGUUUAAAA